AUGAACACAUCCAAUGGAAGUAGUUUGUCCUGUAAAUGUGUUGGCGAACUAAUAAACAGAAUAGUAGAUUUGCGUCGAGGGAGUUCUACACAAGAUAGUGAGUUAUCUGUUGUAAAUAAUUGUGAAGUGCAGUGGGCACAACUUUUUAUGGAGUUUAUUUUGGGAACCGCUUACUGUCAAGGGCAAACUUGUCAAGCCCAUUCGGACGAUAUGAUUUGGUAUGUACACUUAUCGAAGAUGAAUGCUUCUUUUUACUUAGGCCACCCGCAAACGAGUCUAGUUCAAGUAUUUCGUCGUUCUAGCCGAAAUCAACCCGUACCUUGCGAUCAAGCCUAUAACUGGGAGGAGACAGUUUGCUUAAACCUCGUGCUACAGCAGCUGGACUUCUUCGUGACGUGCGCUGUUUGCACCAAGACGAGUCCUCAAAACCUCCAGAUAAUCCGCAAAAAUUGUCGAAAGGUGUACCCUUCACCAAGCCGAAGGCGCAUGGACAGCAAAGGAAGUAGCGAGGAAAUAACGUAUCCGAAACUCUACUUUGCUAUAGACGCCUUCGAAGAGGUUUUCCAAGACAUUGUUGUGAGGGAUGGCGAGUGUGUUUGCGUUGAGUUAGUAGCACGUGAUAGACAGAAGACAAGAGAGGCAGUUGUGUUCCUCGGUUCCAUCAGAUACGACAUCUUGAAGCAGGUUUACGACGCUAAGGCUUCAUCAACAUGGCAUUGGGCUCAGAACCUGAUGAAACAAAGUAGAAGACGACAAGAAUUUGUGGGCAUGCGUGGUCCGCACAAGAAAGUCGAGAUUGUGGGUGCUUUGAGCUUUAGCGGCAUCACAAUCUGGGAUAGUGCGUUUUUCAGGUCGGGAAAUAAACAUGAUGAACGACCUGACCUCCUGGUGAACGAGCUGGGCAGAAGGAAACGAGCGGCCUGGCGAGCAUACAAGAGCAUCGAGGAUGUAGUGAAGAGGACUAAGAAUAUCAGGCUAAGAAAGAAUGUGUUCACCUACUCAACACCACUGUUCUUCCUGCUUUGA